AUCAGACACGGACCGAGGCUGGAGACAGGACCUGGUCAGAGUUGUUCCUGACAGUUUUACAGACAAACGCUUUGAACUCCUCUGAACCAUGACGACAUUCGACGACAUCCUGGAAGAAGCCGGCAAGUUCGGCCGGUGUCAGAAGCGCCUCUUUGCCCUGUUUUGUCUGGUGUCCAUUCCUUUCUCAGGUGUGUACGUCGGCAUCGUCUUCCAGGGCUUCACGCCGAACCACUGGUGCCGGGACUCGGCGGUGGUGGAGCGGAGGGAAGCGUGCGGCUGGAGUCUGGCCAACACUCGCAGGCUCACGGUGCCUCUGGUGAACGGCUCUGUCGGGGAUCAGCACAGCAGCUGCAAGCGAUAUGAUGUGGACUGGAACAGCACAGCGCUAACAUGUGACACUCUGGAGCUGGACCUGAGCAGAACCCCCAGAACCACCUGCAAGGAAGGCUGGGAGUAUGACUAUGAGGGACGACAGUCCUUUGUUACGGAGUUUGACCUGGUGUGUUCAGAUGAAUGGUUGGUCGACAUGUACCAGGCCACUCUUAACGUGGGAUUCUUGAUCGGGAGCAUCGCUAUUGGUUACCUGGCCGACAGGUUUGGCAGGAAGAUGAGUUUCCUCAUGUCGAGCCUGUUGAACGCGAUCACAGGGAUCAUGGUGGCCGUCGCUCCCAACUACGUGUGUUUACUGGUUUUCAGAAUGCUUUACGGGUUCGGCGUGAAAUCGGGCUGGAUGGCCGGAUACGUGAUGUUGACAGAGGUCGUGGGAGUCGAGUACAGACGUACAGUGGGAGUCCUUUAUCAGAUGUUCUUCAGCAUCGGCAUCCUCCUCCUCCCUCUGCUCGCCUACUUCAUCACAGACUGGCGCUGGAUACAGGUUGCCAUCACUGCCCCCUACAUCGUCUUCCUGUUCUACUACUGGUUCAUCCCUGAAUCUCCCAGAUGGCUCCUGUCUCAAAACAAAAGGUCCCAAGCAGUGAAGAUCACAGAGGACAUGGCCAAAGAAAACAAGAGGACUCUGUCCAAAAACAUCGAGUAUCUGAGAGACGACAACGCUGUCUCCACCACGGCAUCCUUCAUGGACCUGAUCAGAACUCCAAACAUGAGAAAGCACACGUUAAUCCUCAGCUACAACUGGUUCACCAGCGCUGUGGUUUACCAGGGUUUGAUCAUGAGACUGGGCAUUCUGGGAGGAAACGUCUACAUCGACUUCCUCAUCUCUGGUCUGGUGGAGUUUCCUGCCGCCUUCCUCAUCCUCUUCACCAUCGAACGCAUCGGCCGGCGACUUCCCUUCGCCUCUGCCAACAUCAUUGCCGGCGCCUCCUGCUUCAUCACCGCCUUCCUUCCCGACAGUUUGCUCUGGUUAAAGACGGUGGUGGCGUGUAUCGGGCGUCUGGGAAUCACCAUGACCUUUGAGAUGGUGGUCUUCGUCAACACUGAGCUCUAUCCGACGUUUGUCAGGAACCUGGGCGUGUCUGUUUGUUCCACUCUGUGUGACGUUGGAGGAAUCGUGGCUCCAUUCCUGCUCUACAGACUCGCUGCCAUCUGGCUGGAGCUGCCGCUCAUCAUCUUCGGUUUUCUGGCGUUCCUGGCCGGAGGUUUGGUUCUGCUGCUUCCUGAAACCAGAGGCGUUCCGCUGCCCGAAACCAUCAACGACAUCGAGUUCCCCAACAAAGUGAAGGAGGCGGUCGCACUGAAGAACCAGCAGUUGACCAACUUGUUGCCAAACAACAAGAACGUGUCGACCAACAAAGACCUGACAUCUGUUUGAACCUCAGUCUGUGAACAAAGUAUUUAUUUAUUUGGUUGAAUCCGCUCUUUGUGUCUCGUUCAGGAUGACGAGUGAGUGAGUGAAUUUAUUGAAUUUGUGAAUUUUUAUUAAAACAAAAGUGAA